AUGGCGGGGAAAGAUAGCUACUACGAGAUGGAGAAGUACAGUCGCAUCACCACCUGGAUGCUUCUUGCAAUCCUCGGUGUGGUUAUGGUACGUGGUCUGGUGGCAAAGCUGCGAAACAGCUCGCGUUCGAGACUCUCACUCACCGUCCUGUCGAUCCCUGGAUAUCGACCGUUCGCGGCGAUAUGCAGAGGUGUCGGGUACUAUCGACCGAAGAAGAUCUUCACCCGCAAGACGGUACUCAGCGAAAUCGUCUCUGCGGAUCGCUUCCCAUCCUUGGGCAACAUCCUUACACUGGCCCUCCCAACGAUCGGUUUGAUCUGCUGGUGCUUCGCCAUCAAACCAUACUACCGCCCAGCCGCCGUCUGGGGUAGCACCCCUCUCGGUGUCCGCUCCGGAAUGAUUGCCAACGCCCUCUUCCCCUGGCUCUUCGCCUUCGGCCUCAAAUUCAACCCGCUCACCUUCCUCACCACCAUCACCCACGAAAAGCUCCAAUUCUACCACCAAUGGACCGCUCGCGUCAUCCUCUUCUUCAGCAUCGUCCACACGGUCCCCUUCCUCUACCAACCCGUUCACGACGGAGGAUUCUCCAACCUCAAGGCCUGGUACUACUACGACAAGAUCUGGUGGACGGGGACCGUGGCAUUUGCGCUUCUGAGCUGGCUGGUGGUGUCGUCGUUCGGAGUGUUUCGAAGAAUGUCGUACGAGUUCUUUGUGGUGCAACAUGUGGUGACGAUUAUUCUGUUCUUGGUGUUCUACUUUAUGCACACGAGGGAUCUACUGCAUAGUUGGUCGUGGUUGUGGCCGAGUAUCGGUGUUUGGGGAUUCCACGUGUUGUUCAAGUGUGCCAACUCGUUGAGGAUCAGUAGGUUUACGGGUGUCAAGGCGACGGUGACGGUGGUGGACGAGGAGGAGAAGUUGGUGAGGCUGGAAGUGGCUGCUCCGGUAUCGUGGUUACCAGGACAGCAUUUCUUCUUGCGCUUCCCGGGGAUCAACCGUUCAGCGCCCUAUCAGACACACCCUUUCACCGUCACCAACCUCGCUUCUCCGGACAGCAACGUCGACUCGCACCUCGUCUUCUUCUUCAAAGCACGAGACGGCCUUACGGGCAAGAUCUGGCAACAGCUUACACGACAGCCGCCGGUCAAGGGCAAGACUUCCACCGUGCUCAACGUGGCACUCGACGGACCUUACGGGUCGCCUUUCCAUCCGGAAGCGUACACUUCCGACUUGAUGAUCGCCGGAGGCGUGGGCAUCACUUCCAUCCUACCCGCUCUGAUGAGCUUGUGCUUGUCGGCGAGAACGAGUCGCGAUACGUUGACCAGCAAAGUUGCUGUCCACUGGGCGGUUCAAAGUAUGCGCAUCUUCGACGCGUUUGAAUCGUCACUUCGACCGAUGAUGGAGCAUCUGUGCGCGCUGGGUAUUGAAGCCAGGUUGCAUGUGUAUUGCUAUCAGGAUGACGCAGGAGUGGCGGAGAUGGAGAAGGAUGACCCGAUCACUCCGGAGAGCUCGUCCGCCUCGCUCGCAAAGUCGACCAUCCAGAUCCACCGGCAACGUGCCGACGUGCCCGAGCUCAUCGCUAGAUUCGUUGAUGAUGUGGCGGCAGCAACAUCGUUGUCGUCAUCGCGGAUGAACACGGUCGGUGUCUCGGUGUGUGGCCCAGCCUCGAUGCUCAACGAGACCGCAAACACGGUUGCUCGGCUGCAGUGGUCGCAUGUGCUACCGUCUACUGGGAACUUUGACGAGCUGUUCCUGCAUACCGAGGCGUUUGGCUGGUAG